CGGCCGUCGGCCAAGGAGCUCCCUCCGCCGGCCCCGAGAGGCCGAGGCCGUUCGGCCGGGAGGGAGCGGGAGGGAGCGGGAGGGAGCGGGAGGGCGGCAGGACGGACGGAGGCUUCACCGGGGCCGCUCCGCAGAGACCAGCUUCACUUCCUCCCCAAAACCGAAGGCAGCAGUUGCUGAAUCAGAAGCUUUGACAAGAAGAAUAGCAGGACAAAUAACUUGACACUGUAACAUACUUAAUCCAAGAACUGGACCUAAACCCUGCAUUAACUGUUCUGUCAACAUUGGUAGUUAAAAUGGACCACAACCUCCCCAUGAGACCAGUAGUCAAGGAUUCUCAUAGUAGCUGUGGCGAAGCGGGAGCCACCAUGGCGGAUGCUGCUGUGGCUGCUUGUAGCUAUUUUAGUUAAAGCCACAACAUCAAAGACCAUACAGUGCUGAAGCAAAGCGAAAAUGGGGUCUAAGGGAGAGAGUGCCACGGUUUUAAGGGGCAAUAGAUUAACCUCAGGUUGGUGGAUACUGUGCUCAAGAUGAACAACCCAGCACACUAGGAUUUGGGGGCAAAUAUUUUCUUUUGACUAUUUUGUGACUUCAGAUACCUCCAAUUAUCUCCUUUCAAAUCAACGCAUAUCAGCUGUCUUCACCAGAAAUGUUUUUAACAUUCUCUAGAAAAAACAUGUCCCAGAAACUGAGUUUAUUGUUGCUGAUAUCUGGAUUCAUUUGGGGUUUGAUGUUACUUCGCUACACUUUUCAACACCCAAGACAUCAAAGCAGUGCUGAGUUGCGUGAACAAAUACUGGACUUGAGCAAAAGAUAUGUUAAAGCUUUGGCAGAGGAAAAUAAGAACAUAGCGAAUAGUGGGAGUGGAGCAUCUAUGGCAGGAUAUGCUGAUCUGAAAAGAACAAUUGCGGUCCUUCUGGAUGAUAUUUUACAGCGCCUUGUGAAACUGGAAAGCAAAAUUGACUACAUAAUUGUGAAUGGCUCAGCAACCAACACUACCAAUGGGACCAGUGGUAAUUUGAUGCCGGUAACAACAAGUAAACGUAUAAGCGCAGUUGGCAAUAUUAGAUAGCAGUAGUAGAUCGCUUUAUGCUGCUCAUUUACCGUGGAUUAUAUCCUUGUCCAGGAAAGCUUUUUCAAAUCUCUGGCUAAAGCAGAGUAAUAGUUUGCUGUAGAAACUUUGUGCACUAUUUUCUAAGAAAUGUGCUGGAUUCAUGAAACCCUUAUUUCUGUAUAUGAAUUCAAAAAAUAGUACCUUUUUCCUUUCAGGCAAGUCUAGUCCAUGCUGUACAAUAUACCCAGAGGUAUUCCGGCAACAUGGUUGAUGUAGGUGUUUAUUGUGUAACUUGCUUGUGUUUGAGAUAAAGCUGAAACAAAAACACCGAGAGACGUGAAUUAAUAGUGUAUUUAUUUAAAUCUAAAUCUAACAUAUCGUUUGGACAAGUGGAGACUCUCUUGUGGAAACAUUUUUGUGAUCUGUUUUAAACAGAAAUAACUAAAUGUUAGACUAAAGCUUAUUGUAAAAUCGUAUAUACUUACAGUAUUAUAUUUUGUUACUAAGCAAUCAGUAGACUGAGAUAUCAUGCUGAGGUUAAUAUGUAGAAAUCAUGACCCAAAGAAUGUCUUUAUUUGCACUAUCUACUAGAAUAUAAUGAGGGAAAUUACUGUAUAUUUAAACAUUUAUUUUAAAAGAAUAAUGGUGAAAAUAGGUAGCAGUCACUGUCCAGAAUGUGUUCCAAAAAUUGAAGCAGUUAAAUAAUCAAUGGUAAAUUUAAUACUUUAGUUUUUUAAUAUUACAUGGUAAGAAAAAUAAGAAUUUUGUAUCGGAAAAUUUUAAUAAGAAACUGAGUGGUCAUAAUUUUCAAAUUGAUGAAUGCCGUCUAUUGCUUUUUUAAUGUAGAGUGCUUUGGCAGCCCGUGCCAGCAGUAUAUUACAUUAGGUUUUUGUCAUUUUCUUGUUCUGUCUCCUACUUAGACUAUGACCCCAAUGUGGGACAGCACUGUGUCCAAUCUAAUUAUCUUGUAAAUACUCCAGUGCUUAGUACACAAUAAGCACUUAACACAUAACACAAUUACUAUUAUUAUUAUGUUCCUAUUUAUACUAAAUUGGAAUGAGGAGAACUGACGCAACAAAAAGCCAAUUGUUUGUGAGCUUCUUGAGGGACAGGGUCUGUGUCUAAUUCCCAUCUGUGCACUCUUUCCCCAGUGCUUAGUACAGUGCUUGGCACAAGCCAGUGCUUUCUAUUACUACUACUACUACUAAUUCUUGCUAAAUGCAGUUGCUAGCCAAGAUAAUAUUGCCUUAAGUGUUACUUAUAGCUGAUAAAAACUGCCAUAAUUGUUCUCUAUAACAAAUGCUUAAAUUAAGCUCAUCAGUGUCUUGUUUUAGGUUUCAUCUAAUGAAGUAUAUGUGUGUGAGGGUUGUAAUCAUUUAACAUGCUUUGAUAUACUGCCAGUAAAUAGUUUAUCAAUCAAGUAGGUGCUUCAUGAUUUACAGCUUUCUAAACUCUUUCCUCUUCUGUCUUUAGUUUAGCUCUAUAUAGAAAGUGAAAAACAUAUAUGAUUCAGUAGAACUUGGAACACUGUUCAAAUGAUGUCUGUGACAUAGGUGUGAAUAUAUUUGGUUUGUUUUUUUUCAGGGACAAAAUAAAAUAUUUUAUUUGUACUUGUAAA